AUGGCCGUGAGCGUUGAGAUGGGACAACCGCUAAAAACUGCUUGCAGGUUUCCAGUUCUCCGCUACAAGGAGGAUGAUGCCUUUGAAAAGCUCACGCAUGAACGGACAAACAUUCAAGUUCUAUCAAAGGGCCGGGUACAGGAUCUGCUCUCCCAAGAAGAAACUUCCCUUCAAGGUAUAUUUCAGACGAUCUGGGCAAUCACAUUGAAAAUAUUCACCGGCGAUGAGAGCAUCUGUGCGGCGUCGCUGCGUCGAAGGGGGACAGCAUGGCAAUACUAUCUGUUCAGCGCAGAAAUCGGUGACGAAAUGCCCUUUUCUCAGCUGUCAGGCGCGAUUCACGGUGAGAAUUGGAGGAUAGGGCCACUAAACCUGGAGCAUGAGCUGCCGUGCGAUUCAGGCCUCUGUAUGCUCGAAGAAAACGAGAGCGUCGAGGACGAGAUCCUAAAACAUGCAAGUCGCAUUGCUCCAUGUGACAGCCAUAUGGCCCCAGCAUAUGCCUCUAUUGUGGCUGCUACCAUCAGCCAUAUUUUCAGCCAGGUGCAGACAGAACCCUGUCUCACCCUAGGUGAGAUGCAUCUGCUCCAUCCCGAGGUCGAAGAGGACCUACGGUCAUGGAGCAGUAUCCCACCCCCGUCUGUGGACGACUGCGUCGGCCCCAUGUUUGAAAGAAAAGUCCGGGAGCGACCACUAGAUACAGCGGUAAACACAUCCGAACUAACGCUGAGCUACCGUGACCUCGAUCUCCUGAGUGUGAGGCUUGCCGUCAACCUGCAAGCCAAGGGGGUCAAGCCGGAAUCGAUUAUCGUGUUAUGUUUCCCCAAGUCCGCGUGGGCGGUCGUGGCCAUGAUGGCCGUUAUUCGCGCAGGCGGUGCCAUUCUGUUCCUGAACCCUUCCCAUCCAACAGUCCGCCAUCAGGAGAUUAUCGGCCAGGUUGAUGCAGACUUGAUCCUGACUGCACCAGAAUAUGGCCCGUUGUGGGAGUGGUUUACCGGGGAAGUGCUGCUUGUUAACCGAAGCACCAGCAAGCCAAAAGGCUGCGUCGUGGAGCACCGACAGUUCCUGACGGGAGCCUUGGCCCAGCAGAAAGUGUCCAAGAUGACGCACGCAGAUCGCGUGCUGCAACUGGCAUCUUUCACCUUCGAUGUCAGUAUUCUGGAGAUCUUCACUCCCCUGAUAUCUGGUGCGUGCGUUUGCAUCCCGAACGACCAGGAGCGCGCCCGGGGACCGGCAGCAUGUAUCCAGCAGUUCAGCAUAACAUGGGCCUUCCUGACACCGUCACUCGUCAGCCUCAUGAGUCCAGACAUGGUGCCAACGCUGCGAUUUCUGUUUUUGGGAGGCGAGGCAGUCCAGAAGGAGAAUAUCCAGGUCUGGGCUUCUCACGUCCGGCUCGCGAACGGAUAUGGUCCCACUGAAUGCUCAAUCGCGGCAACGGCGAAUCCCCAGCUAUCUCCUACCACAAGUCCUGCCAAUAUCGGGUAUCCGCUUGGUGGGUGUUGCUGGAUUGUCAGCAUAGACGACCACAACCGCUUGAUGCCUAUUGGGGCGCCUGGAGAGCUGGUGAUUCAGGGCCCCAUUGUGGCGAGGGGGUACCUGAAUGAACCGGAAAAAACACAGGCAGUCUUUUUGGAGACAAUGAGGUGGAUGGAGAGCGAGCCGACGAGUACUUCUAGGUUAUACAAGACAGGCGAUAUAGCUCGCUUCAAUGCAGACGGUAGUCUACAUUUCAUUGGCCGCAAAGACAGUCAAGUCAAACUGCGUGGACUGCAAAACGAACUGGGAGAGAUUGAACAUCGCAUCGUCGCCCAUCCAUUAGUAGAACAGGCAGUUGUCGUGUUGGCGCAGCAAGGACCCUGUAAGGGGAAACUGACAGCUGUUGUCUCGCUGAAGAAUCUCCGCAAGGCUAUAGAUUCCGUGGAACUGGUUGAUGAGGAGAGCUUUGAGGCUGCAACAGACGAGUUAAAGGCUGUCGCAGAAGCACUAUCGCAGCAGCUUCCCGGGUACAUGCAGCCGACUGUUUGGGUCCCGGUGGGAUGCAUCCCACUUACCUCCCCAGGGAAGCAGAACAGAGUCAUAGCCAACCGGUGGGUGGCAGCGCUAUCCUCUGAUAUGUUCCACCUGCUCACUGGGCGACAAGAGAGAGCCGGCGAGGAACGAGUUCAGCCCUCAACGGCUAAGCAGCGCCAACUGCAGAGCCUCUGCAGCGCAGUUUUGGGCUUGGAUAGUCAGGAAGAGAUCUGGUUGAGUAAGUCCUUCAUUCAGAACGGGGGAAACUCUAUCCAGGCCAUGCAACUGCUGGAUCACUUGCGACGAAGGGGUCUGGGAGUCAAGAUCGAGGAUAUCUUCACGAGUCCCACUUUGAUAGAACUGGCACUGCAUUUGACGGAGAGCGAGGAGACUCCAUUGCCCCAUGAGGAGUCAGCCCCAGUUGCACUAGAUAAGAAGCGAAUUUCGGAGCUUGGAUUCGAUUUUGAGCAGGUCGAAGACUUAUAUCCUAUCUCGCCCGUCCAAAGGGGUAUCCUACUUACCCAGCAGCAGUCGCCAGAGCAAUAUCAACUACGGAUCACUUGCCGGGUCAUUCCCGUCCCAGGCGAGCAGGUCGAUCGAUCCCGGCUCCAUAUGGCGUGGCAGCAAGUGGCAGCUCGCCAUCCAGCCCUACGCACCAUAUUUGUCAAGUCCGCCGCUGAAGACGGGCUGUACGAUCAACUGGUGUAUAAACCAGCCGAGGCAGCAUUCCUACUGUGGGAACGGCAGGAUGAGGAUGCCGUUUGGAAGGCACUCAAAGACUUCACUCGACAAGACAAUCCCGACCAGCCGCCAGUUACUUCCAUUAUUUCGACCACGGUGGAUGGCAAAACCUUCUGCACUGUCGAUAUUAGCCGUGCCCUCAUCGAUGGGGUCUCUAUUCUAAUCAUGUUCCGUGAUCUUAGUCGGGCAUAUGCAGGGUUGUUAGAGAUCGGGGAGGUUGUACGAUACAGUCCAUAUAUCCGCUACGUGCAGACUCUCCCUGCGGGGAUGUCAAUAGAUUAUUGGGGGAGCUACCUAGAGGCUGCCUCUCCAUGCCACUUUCCCGUGCUCAACGACGACAUACAAGGGGAGAACAAGUUACAUGCAUUGACCGUGGACCUGAAAGACGCAAAGGGCAUCCAUGCCUUCUGCGCCAGACAUAAUGUCACGCCGGCGAUUGUUUUCCAAAUGGCAUGGGCCCUCGUCCUCAAGGCUUACACUGGUCAAGACGACAUCUGUUUUGGCUAUCUGACCGCCGGUCGAGACGUUCCGGUGUUGAACAUCAGCGACGCGGUUGGCGUCUUCGACCCCGAACAUCCCUUGAACCGUCGAGAAGAGAUGAUUCGGCAGUGCAAAGCCGGGGUUGCGGUGGUAGGGGAGGGUAAGGAAGCCCUGUUUCAGGGCUUGGUCGAACAUGUCGUCAUCCUUACCCAGGACUUAAUCGACGACUUGCUCGUCAGCGAAGUCUCCAAUAUUCAGGCCGCUCAUGUUGACACGGACCAGAGUUUCCUCGCUCUUGGAGGAGACUCCAUUACAACCAUGCAGGUGUCCUCCGGCUCUCGCUCGCGCGGCCUCCAGCUCGCAGUCAAGCACAUUCUGAGGAGCAAGAUUAUCCGUGGGGCUGCUACACAAGCGUCGCACAAGACUAAGUGCAUUUGUAUGGGCACGAGCACGAGUCAACGAUUUUCUCUUCUAUCAGCCGGCGAAUUGGAGGAAGAAAUAGAUGCCCUGGUCAUGAAGCUGGGCUACUCUGGCGCCGAUGCCGUGGAAGACGCCUACCCUUGUUCUCCCAUGCAGGAGGACAUUCUGAUCAGUCAAGCCACAGCGCCAGAGAUGUACAAGUUCUUUGCUGUAUGCUCUCUUCGGGCAAGGAAUUCUGCAGACCCCGUCAAUAUCGACCGUGUUCAGCUAGCUUGGCGUCGCCUAGUUGCCAGACACCCAGCGUUGAGAACAUUCUUCGUAGAGGGUCUGUCCCAAGAUGGGCUUUACACGCAAAUCGUGCUUAUAGAUCAUGAGCCCCAGAUCCAGCAUGCGGCGGAUCUGGACAGCCUCUUCAAGUACCCCGAGGACCACCCCCUUGACUACCGGGACGGCGCGCCGCCUCACCGUCUCACCAUCUCGCAAGGCGGGGACGGCGUAGUCUUCAUCAAUCUCGAAAUCAGUCAUACAUUAAUUGACGGAAGCUCGAUGGCGAUCAUCCUAGGUGACCUCGUCAAGGCGUAUGACGACGACCUUCCCACGGGACCGCUAUACCGCCACUAUAUCGCGGCAAUACAGGCGCGAUCAACGGAGAAAACGCUAGCAUUCUGGACAGCCUACCUCCAAGAUGUGAAGCCCGUGUUUUUCCCGGCCCUACUCGAAGAGCACACAGCAAUUGCAGCAUCCGGCGAGCGUAAGCUGCAGUUCGUCAAUGUCCACGUUGGCCCCGCGACUGUUCUAGACCUGCAGUCCUUCACCAAGAAGAACGAAGUCACACUGGCGAAUAUUUUCCAGGCUGUUUGGGCAUUGGCUCUCCGCGUAUACACAAGAGGGUCGGAUGUUGUCUUCGGAUACCUCUCUUCCGGACGCGAUGUUGACGGUCUCGAUAUGGAUAUGGACAGCGCGGUGGGCGCGUUCAUUACCAUGCUGCCUUGCCGAGUGCAGGUCGAUGACGACUGCACACUCCUCGAUCUGACGCGCAAAUUGUACGAGGACUAUGUCAACUCGCUUCCGCACCAGCAGACGUCGCUGGCGCAGGUACAGCAUGCGCUAGAGCUCUCCGGUGAGAGACUGUUUAACAGCGUCUUGUCUCUGCAGCAGCCGAUGGUGGAGGCUGCUGAUAGGCAUAGCAUCGAGAUCGAGUACCUGGGCGGUAGUGAUCCCACAGAGUACGACCUAGGAAUUAGUAUCACCGCUGGUGAGACUGAUAUUGAUGUCGCUAUUAACUACUGGAGCACAUUUAUGAGCAAGGAGCAGGCUCAAAUGCUGGCCUCAACCUUCUCGACGAUACUUUCAAGGCUUGUGGAGGAACCGACUUCAGAUAUAAGGGACAUCGAUUUUCUGGGCGACAAGCACAUGCAGUAUAUCCUUGACGUGACUCACCAGGGCCAAGUCCCUGAGGCCAUGAGUGACUGCAUCCACACCAAGUUCCAGAAGCGAGCUAUCAUGCAUCCUGAUGCCCUGGCGAUCGAUUCGUGCGAUGCAACCAUGACCUACAGGGAGCUGGACCAGUUGUCCACCCGGUUAGCGACGUACCUCAUCAGUCUCGGCGUGCGCCUUGAGGACGCUGUCCCACUGUGCUUCGACAAGUCUUCGUGGGCCGUGGUCUCCAUGCUGGCCGUGUUGAAGGCAGGUGGCGCCUAUGUCUCCAUGAGCCCGUCUCAUCCGGUCCAGCACCUAGCCAAUAUUAUCGUCCAGACCAAAGCCCGUAUUGUCCUCGCAGGUUCCACUACAUACGGCGACAUGAUCCGACUGUUCGUGGACCGGACGAUCGUGGUCGAUUCCUCUUUACUGGCAAGCUUACUCCCCUUGCCCGACGGUCUAGUGCUCCCCCAUGUUUCCCCAGCCAACGCCGCCAUGAUCAACUUCACUUCGGGCAGUACCGGCGAGCCAAAAGGCAUCGUCGUUCUACACAAAGGAAUCUGCACAAUGAUGGAAUACCACGAUCUACGCAUUGGGCCAGCUUCCCGCACCCUCCAGUUCUCUGCCUACACGUUCGACACCAGCAAUGGCGAGAUCUUCAUCACCCUCUGUAGGGGCGGCUGCCUGUGCAUCCCGUCCGAGCAUGACCGGAUGAACGACCUGCCCGGAUUGAUAAACCGCCUGGCCGUCACCCACGCGCUCCUCACACCGUCAGUCGCGCUUUUCCUGUCUCCCGAGUCCGUGCCAAUGCUUCAGAUGCUUGGUUUUGUGGGCGAAGCCGUCCCGGCCGAGCUCGUCCGCCGGUGGCAUAAAAAGGUGGUCUUGAUUAACAGCUACGGUCCUGCGGAAUGCUCUAUCAUGGCCUCGCUAGCUGUUCUGCACGAGGAUGUAGCUGCUGCCAAUAUCGGCCGGGGCAAUGGCUGCCUGCUCUGGGUGACAGACCCGGAAAAUAGCGAGCGACUGGUGCCGGUGGGUUGCGUGGGCGAGCUCCUGAUCGAAGGACCGCUAGUAACAAGAGGCUACCUCGAUGCCGAAUUAACCGCGCGGUCAUUUAUUAUGCCCCCGAGAUGGCGCGGAGAGACUGUUAUUCCUGGAACAAAAUUGUAUAAGACUAGGGAUCUAGUCCGGUAUGCGGACGACGGCAGUCUUGUGUAUAUGGGACGCAAAGACAGCCAGGUCAAGCUGAAUGGUCAGCGUGUGGAGAUGGGUGCUAUAGAAAUGACAAUCAAUAAUGAUGCACUGGUGAAGCAGUGCGUCCUUUGCUUACCGAAAGUCGGGCCUUGCAAGAAGAAGCUGGUUGCCGUUGUUGUGCUGGAGGAAACGGCGUCUAAAGACAUUACUGCGGAAAUCGGACCGCUAACCAAUCUGGAAGAGAAGGAGAGAGCCACUGAUCUGGUCGAACAAAUCAAAGACCGAUUGGCUAGUACUUUGCCGCGGUAUAUGAUCCCAUCUGUCUGGCUCGUUACCCCAAACCUCCCUUUUACCCCGUCGCGAAAGGUCGAUCGUCCGAUGAUUUCACGUUGGGUCGACACCAUGGACCAUGAGACCUAUACCCAAGCUCUUGCAGAAUUCCCUCUUGAGCUUGCUGAUACUUCCUUCUUUUGA